AUGGGUUCGCUCCCUGCCGUUCGCUGUACACCCGCUCGAGCAUUCUUACACAGUGGAGUGGAUUAUGCUGGCCCCAUAAACAUUAGGACAACUAAAGGACGAGGUCACCAUUCUCAUAAAGGCUACAUAUGCUUAUUCAUAUGUAUGUCCACUCGUGCAAUACAUCUGGAAGCGGUAAGUGACAUGAGCACCCAGGCCUUCCUAGCAGCGUUCAGACGUUUCGUAGCAAGACGUGGACACUGCACACAAAUAUGGAGUGAUAAUGGGACUACGUUUGUAGGCGCUUCAAGAGAACUAGAGCAACUGAAGACCAACCAGGAAGGUCUUGCUACAUACUUAGAAUCGCAUGGGACUGAGUGGCAUUUCAUUCCGCCACACGCCCCCAACUUUGGUGGACUGUGGGAAGCUGGAGUCAAGUCGACAAAGUUACACUUGAAACGCGUAAUAGGUGAAUCCACACUUACGUUCGAGGAAAUGAGCACACUUCUCAGUCAAAUUGAAGCAUGUUUAAAUUCUAGGCCCAUUACAGUAGACAGCUCAGAUCCCAGUGACCCACUUCCUUUAACACCAGGGCACUUUCUAAUUGGGGGACCGCUAAUAGCUGUACCCGAAUUCAAUGAUUAUUUAGAAUCAAAUAUCAGUUCAUUAAAAAGGUGGCAAUUCAUUCAACAAAUGUUACAGCACUUUUGGCGGCGCUGGUCUCAAGAGUACUUAUCUAACCUUAUGAAUAGAUACAAAUGGAGCUCUCGGGAACCAGAACCGAACAUUGGUGAUGUAGUCUUAGUAAAAGAAGACAACUUACCGCCAAGUCGUUGGUUAAUGGGCAGAAUAGUUGAAAAGCAUCCCGGGAUCGAUAAUGUUACCCGUGUGGUCACAAUACGUACUAAGUCAUCUUUUAUCAAGCGACCAACUUCAAAACUAUGUGUCUUACCAGUAAGAGAUUAA